UGACUUGUGAGUGCGCGUGCGGGCACCUAGAUGGCGCGUGAUUCUUACUCAAUCGUCGUGACCGUGGGCUCUGGCCGAGACUCGUGGCCUUUCUUCCGCAGUCCAUCUUGGACAGCGUACGUGUUCGCAGAAGUGUCCCGAUCGUGUCACAAGCAGCGGAGUUCUAAGCUUAUUGCAACAAUGUAGCAGUGCAGCUGACCGCUAGUAACCAGGAAAGGAAUGAGAAGAGUCCGGAAGCUGGUACGCUUCCCAGGUACUAACGACUAGCCGUCUACAACAUUCCUAAGGUCCGUGCGUGUUCUUGCAAGUCCGUACGCAUCCAGAUACUAAUAGGUAGAAACAGUGGCAGAAGACAACACACUUACGGUCAAGUGUUAACAAGAAUACAACCCACCUCCCAAUAGAGAAUUACGAAAUAACAGCUGAGGAAAUAAGCGUCACGAGUUUAACACCCCGACAAAACCAAUUAUUAAAAUCGGCAAAAAUAUCCAAAGAUCCCUUUCAAAGGAAGAAAUAAAUAAAUAUGUAUAAAAACUAAAUCAAGCGUUCGCCGAACACGACCAAAAGAGAAAAAUUUGCGAACAACUUGAUACAUCAUCAUGGAUCCUAUGUCAUCAAAGUUUACCGAACCUCUGUCCGAAAGAAUUGAAAGAGCAACACCUGACUAUCGUCGGGCUGAAUCCUUUAAUCCCAAACACCAUCCCAACCAGUCAUUCCACAUGGAAAACAAACAAAACAUAACACAGGAUGAAAUGAUAGAUGUUUCUAGGAUGGAUGUCUUCCUAGAAAAAUCUCCAGAUUUUUACAUGAGUAACCUAAAUAAAAUUCCAGUACUACCAAUGGAGAGAUGGAACCGUUAUCUACAACAUUGGAAAAAUAAAAGUGAUAAAGCACGUCGAGUUUACCUGGCAGAAGUCAAUUCAAUUCUGGAAGAGGCGCUAGUAAUGAAAAAACAAGUGGAAAAGUACAAAGAAAUCAAUGAAUAUUCUUUCAUAUUCACAAUGUUAUGCGAAACCAUCGUAUCAAAAAAUACAUUAGUAUCGAAACCUCAGAUGAGUCAACAGUUAUUGAACUCCACAUCGAGUACUCUUCCGGCAACAGAUACAUCUGGAACAACAUUCGUAACCUCUUUAUCUAUGAAUCUUCGGCUUACACUUCAGAAACAAUCAAGUGACAUCAAAGUACCAACCCAAGAUAAUGAGGUAACCCAGGAUAAUGAGGAAAAAAAGCAUAAUACUAAUAAGCCAAAGAAACACAAAACAAAAAACAAAGCAAAAAACAAAACAAAAAACAAAACACAAAACAAAAAACGCAAAAGUAAGAAGAAACACAAAAAAAAGGAGGAAGAAUCAAGACCGAUUACUAAUACGAUUACCAAUACGAUUACCGAUACGUAGCACCUCGGGCAUAGAACCAAGGCCAAGUGAUAUGAAAUAGAUAAGGAAACAUCUUCUCGGACGAAGAUACGAAUGAUUCGACACAGCACAAAGUCCAUGAUGAUUACUAAGUCCGGACUAAGGGUACACCAGUUUUAAAAAACAAACUGUCAAGAAUAAAUGACCUGAGAACGAGUAAGUUCGUGGCAAACUGCCAAUGGAGGAAAAAUUGGCCUACCAUUCAGGAAAAAACCGAACCACAACGAAACAAAGUGACACGGUUCAUUAUAAGACUAAAAAACUUCAUCUAUAAAAGUCAUCUAAUAAUCGAGUCGAGUUUUUUGUUAUCCUUUGUUAUCUCUUGAGAGCAUCAUUUUCAUGAUAAGCAUAUACGACUUUUAAUUAUUUUAUUUUAUCUAAUAAAAAUAGCUUUCGCCGAAUAAGGACUUUAUCCAGGUUUCUUUUAAUAUACAAGAUUAAGGCGUAAUCUGCCGAAUUGAAGGAUGAGUUUGAGUGAGUAACUUUACAGAACAUAGUUGUACUUAACCAUUUAUAUUCGUACAAUAGUUUUGCUUUAUCAUAAUUUUUUAAUUUUUACUAUAACCAAUCUAAUCUAAUCAGUUAAACAUUACCCAGAUUAUUCCACUAAUAGCGAUUCUAACUGUUUAAGUCGCGGCAACGCGUUUCAGUCAGUACCGAAUAAGUCUUUUAUCGGUUAAAAAUCUGUUUAAAUCUGUCAAAAUCAUGUUCCGAAUAUAACAUCAUUUUAUAUAAAAAAAUUUUUUUUCAUUUUUUGUUAUUUUUUAGCGGCGAAAAUUACCUACCAAAUGCUUAUUUUACUUAGUUAUCUCUUUUAUGUUUAUACACCAUUGUGAUUCUGACUUUUGUUAACGCAGAAAAUAAAAAGAUGGAUCAGUUAAA